GACAACAACUGUCUCGGUCUCUGGUGUGUGUGACGGUAUAUAUAUAGAAUUGCUGGGGACUGUCUGUGUAACUGUUUUGAGCAGCUCGUUCAGCCACCCACUCUUCCACGCUCUUGAACCACAUCCCAACGCCAUCCGUUACCUCGGCGCUGCAACCAUGCGUUUCGGCCUCACUCUCAGAAAAUCCAUCUAUCCACCCUGGAAGGACCAUUACAUUGACUACAAAAAGCUGAAGCUGCUGUUGCGUGAACACGAAACCAGGGACGACUCGCAGGAUGGGAGUGAUGAUGAAAGCCCCGAAUGGACGGACCAAGAUGAAGAGACGUUUGUGCAGGAGUUGAUCAAUGUUCAGCUCGACAAGGUCAAUGCCUUCCAGGUCAACACCUAUAAGCAGCUGCGGGAUCGGACCUCAGACUGCGAGGCCAAGUUAGAGCCUUUGGUUGUCAAAGAUGAUGGUUCUCAUCAGGUGAAGGAUGCGGAUCAGAGGAGACAGAUGGCUGAGAGUGCCAUGAAGGAUCUAGACACGAUUACCAAGGAACUUAGCGAAUUGGAAAAGUACAGCCGUAUCAAUUUCACUGGAUUUCUAAAGGCUGCGAAAAAACAUGAUCGGAAACGAGGUACGCGCUACAAGGUAAGGCCGCUGCUUCAGGUGCGAUUGUCCCAGCUGCCGUUUAAUUCAGAGGACUAUUCCCCCCUUCUCUACCGUCUGUCGACUAUGUACUCCUUCAUCCAUCAGAAUCUGGGACAACGCGGCUCUGGACAACCUACCGAUGGUGGACCCACUGUGGAUACGCAUCUGGGACAGGAUGCAUAUACCUCGCAUAAAUUUUGGGUGCACAUGGACAAUGUUCUGGAAGUGAAAACGUACAUUCUACGCCGCUUGCCCGUGUUAGUUUACAACCCCAGUGUGUCUACCAAGGACCUCCAAAUGACCCAUAAGGAUCCAACAAUUACCUCUCUAUAUUUUGAUAGCCCUAAGUUCGAACUGUAUAACCAAAAGGUUGCCAAAACACCCGGGGCCAGUUCUUUGCGUCUUCGCUGGACUGGCCAAUUAAGAGAUCGGCCAGAGAUUUUCUUGGAGAAAAAAGCCAUGAGCGAUGGGGAUAGCAGCAAGGAAGUCAGAGUCCGCAUUAAGGAGAAGCAUAUUGAAUCGUUCUUAAAGGGGGAGUACAAAAUGGAAAAAAUCAUCAACAGGAUGGAAAGCCGUGAUGUUCCCGUUUCAGACAAUGCGGAGGCUCUGAGGAGGGAUGUUGAAGAAAUCCAAUCCUUUAUUCGAGAGCAGAGGCUCGAGCCCGUUCUCCGAGCUACUUUUACCCGAACGGCAUUCCAGAUUCCGGGCGAUGAUAAACUUAGGAUAUCCCUUGACACCGACUUGGCUCUUAUCAGGGAGGAUUCGCUGGAUUUGGAACGCCCUUGCCGAGAUCCCGAUAAUUGGCAUCGGACAGAUAUUGAUGAUAGAGAGAUGGAGUUUCCAUUUUCAGAAAUCCGCUCGGGUGAAAUCUCUCGAUUCCCUUACGCCCUCCUAGAAAUCAAAGUACGAGGCGGUAACCUACCAUCCGACCCCUCUCCUCUGGAUCGGAACCAAUUCCCAUCCAAAAACCUCGAAAACCAUCCACCCCCCCCUUCACUGCCACCCUCGCGCCCCUCAGGCUUACUCUCCUUCAUCCCACUCACCAUGUCCCGGUACGCCACCGCGCACAGGCAGCCCUCCUCACCUCCCUUACCACCAGGCGUCCGCGCGCCACGAACGUGGCUCAAGGACUCCGGCCCCGUCCGCGUCGAAGCAAAAGUGUGGCUUGCCAACCAGCGCACCUUCAUAAAAUGGCAGCACAUAUGCGUAUUGCUUGCUACCCUUUCAUUAGGUCUGUAUAAUGCCGCUUCUGUAGAAAAUACAAUCGCUCGUUCGCUAGCGAUUGUGUACACGUGCUUCGCCAUUUUUGCCGGCGGCUGGGGUUGGUGGAUGUACGUGACGCGGGCGCGGUGGAUUCGGGAGCGCAGUGGGCGGGAUUUCGAUAAUGUUGCUGGACCGAUGGUUGUUUGUCUGGGUUUGGCUGUAGCCCUUGUGUUGAACUUUUGGUUUAAGUACAACGCGAAAGUAUGGAAUGAGGAUGAACCUAAUUCUCCUAAAGGCUCCGCUACUUCCCCGGGAAACGUUACUACACAGGAUGUAGAGGGUGCUUGGAUGCUCGUUAACCAAGCUGCCGCUGCAGCAGGUCGAAGAGGCUUAUGA